AUCUAAUUUAUUCGAGAAAUCGUUUUUCUUAGAAUUCCUAGAAAUUCAAAUAGCAUAGGAUCAUUAAAAAAAAAAUUAUUCAAAAAAAAAUCGUGAGUGUCAAAAAUAGUGAAUUAGUGAAAAUAAAAAAUUAUGUGACAGUUUUUUGAAUGACUAGAAAAAAGAAAAAAUGAAGUGAAAAAUGAUGAGUUAAAGAAGGCAAAAAAAAAAAUUAAAAAAAAAAAUGUGGAGUGACGUUAUCGAGUAGUGUUUCAAGAAAAAAUACCCCCCCUCUCUCCCCCAACCCUUUUUCUCCCCCCAACCCCUUGGAAAAAAUCAUUAUCGAAUGAUUUUAAUUUGAAAAGUGCGUUAAUAUUUUUUCUCGACAUCUCGCCUAUAUAUAUAUAUAAGGAAUUAUGAAGCGAAUAAAGAAUAGUAAAAGGAGUAGUAGACUGUUGGCUGAUAAGUGGAGACGGUGAAUGUAUGACCCGGGGGCAGCCAGCAGAUUUCUGCUACCGGGAUGACGUAUGACGUGACUACCGAGCAGCCCCCGGUUGACGACUGCCUAAAAGUAAGGAAAUGGUGGUGUUUCGUCCUCUCGAGUAUAUUCACAUUUCUCGCGGGGCUGCUCAUUGUCCUUCUUUGGAGGGCAUUUGCUUUUCUUUGCUGCCGAAAGGAGCCUGAGGUCGCUCCAAAUGACCCCAAGCAAAAGGAGCAAAAGGCGGCACGCCAGAAUAAAGAGUUCGAGGGCACUUUUAUGACCGAGGCCAAAGAUUGGGCCGGCGAACUCAUUUCUGGACAAACAACCACUGGAAGAAUUCUUGUGGUGCUUGUUUUCAUUCUCAGCAUAGCGUCGCUUAUAAUAUAUUUCAUUGAUGCCUCCAGCGAGGAGGUGGAGCGUUGCCAGCAGUGGAGUAACAACAUUACUCAGCAGAUAGACUUAGCUUUCAAUAUAUUUUUUAUGGUCUACUUUUUUAUACGCUUUAUCGCCGCCAGUGACAAGCUGUGGUUCAUGUUGGAGAUGUAUUCGUUCGUGGACUACUUUACGAUACCACCGUCUUUCGUUUCGAUCUAUUUGGAUCGAACAUGGAUCGGACUGAGGUUCCUUCGAGCCCUACGACUGAUGACAGUCCCUGACAUCCUCCAAUACCUCAACAUUCUAAAAACAUCGAGCUCCAUUCGCCUCGCUCAACUUGUAUCCAUUUUUAUCUCCGUCUGGUUGACUGCUGCUGGCAUUAUACAUUUGCUUGAAAACUCAGGGGACCCUUUUGAGUUCACGAAUCCACAACAGCUUUCAUAUUGGACAUGCGUGUAUUUCCUGAUCGUGACUAUGUCAACUGUGGGUUAUGGUGACGUUUACUGCCAGACGAUACUCGGCCGUACAUUCCUAGUAUUUUUUCUACUCGUCGGUUUGGCAAUUUUUGCUAGUAGCAUACCCGAGAUAAUAGAGCUCGUAGGCAGUAGGUCCAAGUACAGCGGUGAAUACAAGCGGGAACACGGAAAGAGACACAUUGUUGUGUGCGGCCACAUCACCUACGAGUCUGUCUCGCACUUUCUCAAGGAUUUCUUACAUGAGGAUCGCGAGGACGUCGACGUAGAAGUCGUCUUCUUACAUAGGAAGCCACCAGACCUCGAACUGGAAGGACUAUUCAAACGACACUUCACGACCGUCGAGUUCUUUCAGGGGACCAUCAUGAACCCCAUUGAUCUGCAGCGGGUCAAGGUACACGAAGCUGAUGCGUGUUUGGUAUUGGCAAAUAAAUACUGUCAGGAUCCAGACGCUGAGGAUGCAGCGAACAUCAUGCGAGUCAUCUCCAUCAAAAAUUAUUCAGACGACAUCCGUGUUAUCAUUCAGCUCAUGCAGUAUCAUAAUAAGGCCUAUUUAUUAAACAUUCCAUCGUGGGACUGGAAGCAAGGUGACGAUGUAAUUUGUCUAGCUGAACUGAAGUUGGGUUUCAUCGCACAAUCCUGUUUAGCGCCAGGAUUCAGUACAAUGAUGGCUAAUCUCUUUGCCAUGCGUUCCUUUAAGACGUCGCCCAAUAUACAGGCUUGGCAGAAUGACUAUCUUCGAGGAACAGGAAUGGAGAUGUACACCGAGACACUGAGCCCAACCUUCAUUGGAAUGCCCUUUGCCAAAGCAACUGAAUUAUGCUUCACGAAAUUGAAGCUUCUACUGCUCGCUAUCGAGAUUAAAGGAGGAGAAGCAGGUGCUGACAGUAAGAUCUCGAUUAAUCCAAGAGGUGCCAAGAUCGCUGCUAAUACUCAGGGAUUCUUCAUUGCUCAAUCGGCCGACGAAGUAAAAAGAGCUUGGUUCUAUUGUAAAGCAUGUCACGAGGACAUCAAGGAUGAAACCUUAAUCAAGAAAUGCAAGUGUAAAAACUUGGGGCAACAGCAGCGUUCCUGGGGCCGGGACUUAGAUGUGGGGAUGAUGAUGAUGCAGACGGGUAUGGUGAAAGGAAACUCCACCUGCCACAGAUACCUUGACGUGGCCACAUUCCGGAAAGGCGUGCGAGCUGUUCAAAUGGUUGGAAGAGCAAGUGAAGACUUCUCGUACGCAAACGACCACCAUCCUCCCCCCACCUUCACCCCGCCAGAACUGCCCAAGAUGGUUCACGUGAGAGGUGAAAUCAGUCGCGAACGAGACGAUCCGAAUGCCAUGAGAAAUCAUCGAAAUUCAGUAGGAAUGACGAUGAUGAACUCAACGAAACAAGUCAACAAAGUGAAGCCAAAUGUGAAUAGAAACACCAAUGAUAGUUUAUCAAGUCCCAAUCAACCGUACAAUCAAAGAUCGCAAGAGGAGUCUGCAUACGCUGGCUACCAUCUCGCCUACGAAGUCAAAAAACUCAUGCCAACGAGUAGGGCUUCAGGUGGUACAAAUUUAAACAAUACUGGACUUCAAGUUGGAAUUGCUGAUGAUCAAGCAAAGGAUUUUGAUUUUGAAAAAACUGAAAUGAAAUAUGACUCAACGGGUAUGUUUCAUUGGAGUCCUGCACGUAAUUUGGAAGACUGCAUUCUGGAUCGUAAUCAAGCGGCAAUGACUGUUUUAAAUGGACAUGUUGUCGUUUGUCUAUUUGCUGAUCCCGAUUCACCCCUCAUUGGACUGAGAAACCUUGUCAUGCCAUUAAGAGCUUCCAAUUUUCAUUAUCACGAGCUUAAACAUGUUGUGAUAGUUGGAUCUGUUGACUAUAUCCGCCGCGAGUGGAAAAUGCUACAGAAUCUGCCAAAAAUAUCGGUGCUAAAUGGCUCGCCGCUGAGCAGAGCAGAUCUACGUGCCGUGAACGUAAAUCUUUGCGACAUGUGUUGUAUCCUGUCGGCAAAAGUGCCUAGCAACGAUGACCCCACCCUCGCCGACAAGGAGGCCAUCCUCGCAUCCCUUAACAUCAAGGCGAUGACUUUUGAUGAUACUAUCGGUGUACUUAGUCAAGUUGGUAGCCCCAUUGUUCUUCAACGAAGAGGAUCGGUCUACGGUGCAAAUGUGCCCAUGAUUACAGAACUUGUAAAUGACAGCAAUGUACAGUUUCUGGAUCAGGAUGACGAUGAUGACCCCGAUACUGAGCUCUACCUCACACAACCAUUUGCUUGUGGCACUGCCUUUGCUGUCAGUGUUCUCGACUCAUUGAUGUCGACGACAUAUUUCAACCAAAAUGCUCUGACGCUUAUUCGAUCGUUAAUCACUGGAGGAGCAACGCCUGAACUGGAAUUAAUUCUAGCUGAAGGCGCUGGUUUACGAGGUGGUUACAGUACGACAGAUAGUCUCUCAAAUAGAGAUCGUUGUAGAGUUGGACAAAUCUCAUUGUACGAUGGUCCAUUAGCUCAAUAUGGCGAAGGAGGCAAGUACGGUGACCUCUUUGUUGCAGCAUUAAAGUCUUAUGGAAUGCUGUGUAUUGGUCUGUACAGGUACAGGUUUCGGGACACGAGUUCAUCAUGCGACGCCUCUUCGAAGAGAUAUGUUAUUACUAAUCCUCCUGAUGACUUCACACUUUUGCCUACUGACCAGGUCUUCGUGCUCAUGCAAUUUGAUCCAGGCUUGGAGUACAGGCCAAGUAGAGGAGCCAGAGGGAAGGAUGACGCCUCCUGACUGUUGCUGUGUAGCGCCCUCACAGAUGGACCAUAUUCCUACAUUUAAAUUCAAAAUAUUUGGGAAUUUCAUGCCUUCUACAAUCAUCAUUGUCAAGGACAUAUUUCUUCAACUUCUUCUCCAGUCCAGGAAACUUUCAUUUUUUUUUUUUUUUUUUUUUAUCAACAAAAUUUUUGUUCCCCUCAAAUAUCUUCGAUAUAUUAUCAAAUUACAUCAAAUUUACUCCUCCUCGUGCCAAUAUCGCAGAAAUCAUCAAUCAUUUAAUUUUUUCAACAAGAAAAAAAAAACAAUAAUUUUUUUUUUCAUAAAAAGAAGAAAAGAAAAAAAGAAUUUUACCAACAAAAAAAAAGUGGAGCAAUGAAAAAAUGAUGAAAAGAAAAAUCGGGUACGGAAAAAGAUGAAGAAAAAGGCAUGAUUAGUCCGAGGGCUGCUACACGAAAUGGAUUAUAAAAAUUAAAUAGUGUCAUUCCUCAAGAAAAAAAAAAGGUGAGGGACACAAAGAACUCUUUAGUUAUAUAAAUAAUAUGAAUAUAAAGAUAAAUUAUAAAUAUAUGUAAAAUGGUAUAAGCGACAAUUUCGUCUUUUGUCGUCGAGUGAUCGUGAUUGGAUGACUUUUAUCGAGUGUGAAGCAAAAAAAAAAAGAAGAAAA